AUGCUAACAAUAGCCCCCAGUGACAAUGGAGAGAGUGGUCCAAGGGGGGUGCAGUUAAAAAGGGGGACCCAAAAUCACAGGAGUCAUUCGAGUUUACUCAUCCACAUUCAACCACUGCCUGAACACUUUUCAGAUACUGAUAAGGAAAGAUGCCAGAGCAAGUGUAAGUCACACUAUUCUUUCAGCAAACAAGUCAACAUUAUUGAAAUGUCUAAAUCCUAUUACCUCUCUGUUACAGGCAAGAGAAAACCAAAGAUCUCAGCAUCACGCAAGCUGAUGCUCAAGAGUUUGAUGGUGGCCAAAGCCAAAGAGGAGCUAGAACAAGAAGUGGUGGAGAAGGAGGAGGAGAAGCAGAAGUAUCUUUCAGAGAGAGCACCUCCUCUCAACACCAACGUCUUGACUAUGGCACAGCUACAGGAUUUGUGCGGAGAGCUUCACUCCAAGAUUGAUGUGGUUGAUGAGGAGCGGUAUGACAUCGAAGCUAAAGUCAUGCUUAACACACGUGAGAUUAAAGACUUAAACAUCAAGGUUUUGGACCUGAGGGGUAAAUUUAAGAGGCCUAACCUGAGACGUGUUCGUGUGUCAGCCGACGCAAUUCUCCGCUCUCUGCUGGGCUCCAAACAUAAAGUGUCCAUGGACCUCAGAGCCAACCUCAAGUCUGUUAAGAAGGAGGACACAGAGAAGAAGAGGCCUGUAGAGGACAGCGACUGGAGGAAGAACGUGGAGGCCAUGUCCGGGAUGGAAGGCAGAAAGAAGAUGUUUGAUGCUGCAAAGGGCUCUGCCCAGUGA